AUGUGGCGCAUUAAGAAGGAAGAUAGCAUGGCCAGCUCGAAGGGCAAGGGGCAAAUAAGUGGUGACGGUCCCGAGCCUCGCAGCAAGCUAAAUUUGGCAGCAAAACCUUUUCAGUUACCGUGGCGUCGAGCAAAUGCAGCAGCUCCAUCCAACUCACAGGGCGACAGCAAUGAUAACAAUAAUAGUAACAAAAUCCAAGAAAUUGCUUACAUUGGUCCGACCUAUCUUCCCGUUAAUACGCGCGUGUGGAACUCGAUCUCAUCCUACUCGCUGGAAGAUAUCGCUCGGAAGACUCCUCCGGCUAGACCUGUACAAAGCCAGAUCAUAAAUGUGUUCCCUAGCAAAGGUCCAACCGCAACAGGAUCUACAGGAUGUUUAAAAUCUACGUUUCAGAAUCCGGCUACACAGGCUACACAAUUUCCUUUUGGACCAAUUCUGCUGGACAAUGGUGUCAUACAGCUGCGUUUGCGAGAUUCGAUUACAGUGGACAUGACGGCGGAUGGCUCAGUGAAGGUUGUCAAUGGCAAACAUAAUAUUGCAAUAGCUAUUUCUAGUGAUACGUUGGCUACUGCGAUGCAUCAUCCAAAUGGAAUCAUAUUUCAAAACGGCGCACGGGUCGAUAUAGCCGCGGUGGAUGCACGCCGUAAAUAUCCGUACAUUCGCUUUGCUAAAAUGUGGCAUAAAGGAAUCAGUUUGACAAGCGCAAGAUACGCUCUGAUUUAUCUGGUGGAUUCGGCUGGCACACGAACAACGUCCGAUAUGAUUAGCAUGGAUAUGGAAGCGGAUUAUGUAAACCAGGUUUUCUUCAAUGGCGUUGUACCUGCUGCCCAUAACUACGUAGACCAAUGGCAAAUCAUCCAGAACUCGAGCUACCAGCUCGGCCAAGAGGGUAGCCUGCAGUUUCAGGUAAAUGGGUUCCGUAUCACCCAGAGUGGUGAUGGGUUGGUGAAAAUAUAUCGCCCCAACAGCCGCUGCUCUAUCCGUACCAGCCCAACCAACGGUUGUGCGACAGUCACAACUAAUUCCAUCCACUGCACCGCUUCACUGGGAACAUCCUCGCAUCUGUUUGUUCGACGUGAAGAACGUCGGAUGCACUUUGACGGGUCUACGUUCAUCGUGCGCAAUGCUGGCCAUUCCGCUGGUUUUGACGAGCUUGAUCGAUUACGCGUUUACUGA